GCUUGCUCAAUCCAAAGCACUCCCCAUUUUUACAUUUCCCAAUAACCAUACACCUUCCAUUUCACUUCAUUCUUUUUCUCUCAUAUUCUGCAAUAUCAUAGCGAUAAAUUAAUUAUCCAGUGGGUUGAUAUCAUAUACAUAUAUAGCAAAAGUUUUCAAACCUAUAAUGGCGUCGCCACCUGACACAAGCAAAACCACAAAGCUAGAGCGCUACAACAGCUAUAUUCGAAAAGUUAAUAGUACAAAACUCAUCGCUGCAUCGUCUAAACUUUUAUUUCGUGUCACUCUAUUAGUGGCGCUCUUACUUAUUUUCUUCUUCACUAUAAAUUACCCUCCGUUAACUUCGGAAAAAACUUUCAACAACAAUAUUCACACCACUACCCAUAAUCUCCUUUCUUCCACCAUUUAUGGCGGUGGGGCGUCGUGGGAGAAACAAGUUCGUCACUCUUCGACUCCCCACCGCCCUAACGGGCUAUCCGUCCUCGUGACGGGAGCAGCUGGGUUCGUUGGUUCCCAUUGUUCUUUAGCAUUGAAGAAACGUGGCGAUGGUGUUUUAGGUCUAGACAAUUUCAAUUCAUACUACGAUCCUUCAUUGAAACGUGCUCGUCAAGAUCAGUUAACGAAGCAUCAGAUUUUCAUUGUGGAAGGUGAUAUUAAUGAUACAGAGCUUCUGAAAAAGCUUUUCGACAUUGUUCCUUUUACUCAUAUCCUUCAUCUAGCUGCACAAGCAGGUGUUCGUUACGCGAUGCAGAAUCCACUCUCUUAUGUAAACUCAAACGUAGCUGGGUUUGUAAAUCUGUUAGAAAUCGCUAAAGCUGCAGAUCCACAACCUGCAAUAGUCUGGGCUUCAUCGAGCUCUGUCUAUGGAUUGAACACCAAAGUUCCAUUCUCCGAAGAUCACAGAACAGAUCAACCAGCGAGUUUAUACGCUGCAACGAAGAAAGCAGGGGAAGCAAUUGCACAUACAUAUAACCAUAUCUACGGGCUUUCAUUAACAGGUUUGAGAUUCUUCACUGUUUACGGACCUUGGGGAAGACCAGACAUGGCGUAUUUCUUCUUCACAAAGGAUAUGAUUCAGGGGAAAUCGAUUAACGUGUACGUCACUCAGGAUGAUAGAGAGGUGGCGCGUGACUUCACGUACAUCGAUGAUAUAGUAAAAGGAUGCGUCGGCGCGUUGGAUACGGCGGAGAAGAGCACCGGGAGCGGCGGAAAGAAGAGAGGUCCGGCGCAAUUGAGGGUUUACAAUUUGGGGAAUACUUCACCUGUGUCGGUGAAGAAGUUAGUGGCAAUUCUCGAAAAUUUAUUGAAUCUUAAGGCUAAAAAGAAUGUUAUUAAAAUGCCACGAAACGGCGACGUUCCGUUUACGCAUGCUAACGUGAGCCUGGCGUUAAGAGAUUUUGGGUAUAAGCCUACAACUGAUUUGUCAAGUGGGUUAAGGAAAUUUGUGAAGUGGUAUGUGAGUUAUUACGGGAUUCAACCAAGGGUAAAAAAGGCAAAUGAAGGGGAGAAGUGAAAAAGACUAUUUAACCCUUUAUUUUAAUAUUUUUUUUGUUUCUCAUGAUGUAAUAUUUGGGUCAAAAUUAUGUUUACUUGUUUAUUUUUAGUAUAGGAAUAGAAUUUUAUAUAUAUA